UACUUGAUUUUUUUAGGUAACGAUAUUGUAUAAAUAUACUGGAGGGAUAGAGAGCUAUCAGUACAGUUCAAAAGUGACCAAGAGUGAGGUUUUCAAGUGCUAGGAAAGAAUUGAUCAUUGCUUUUUAUUAAUCUAAAAACAGGAAAAUGAAAAAACUGAUUUUAUUCGCAGUAAUCUGUAUUGGUGCUGCUAGUUGCUAUUUAACCGAAGGGGAUUAUGGUUAUAAACUAAAAACUCUUGCCAAAAAAGCUCACGACUUUUGUGUUGAAAAGACUGGCGUUACGCAAACAGAAAUAGAAAGAGUACAACAAGGAAAAUUCGAUGAUGAAAUAAAAAUUAAGGAAUAUACCGGCUGUUUAUGGACUCACACCAAAGCCAUGAAUGGGAAUUUUGAGCUUGAUGAGGAGUUAAUAAAAGACACGUUACCUGUGGCAAUAAAAGACGUGCAGUUUAAAGUUAUAACGGAUUGCCGUGCAGAAAUCAUAAGGACAGCAGGAGCCGAUAUGAAUUUUGCAGAUAAAGCUUACUCAUUAGCAAAAUGUGUCCAUGAUAGGAACCCAGAGAGUUGGUUUUUCUUCUAAUUGCGACAAAGCUGAUGAUUGCAACAAUGUUAACCAAAUAUUUUCAUUUAUACGCAUUCGUUUCUGAGUGUUAAGUUCUUUUAUCCAAAAUAAAUAUGAAUUUAUUGAUACUAAUAA